AUGCCGAAGAAGCAAUUGGUGUAUCCAAAAACUCUUGACCCUUCUUUUCUCGAUGUUCUUCAUAACCACUUUAUGCACGACGGCGUUCUUUCCAAAGAAUGUGUCACAACCCUUCUUUUCGAGGUUCAAAAAGUUUUAAAAAGUGAGCCAAACCUUUUAAGAAUCAAAGAAGACACAUUGAUAUAUGGUGACUACCACGGUCAAUACUUUGACUGUAUUGAACAAAGAGAUGACGAGUUUUGGACAGACACAGCACACUGUUCGUUGUAUCUUGGAGACUAUGUUGACAGAGGAACGAUGUCGUGUGAAGUUGUAAUAACACUUCUUUUUAUGAAACUUAUCACUCCAAACAAAGUGUAUUUGCUCAGAGGAAAUCACGAGACACGAAAAAUGACGGAGAGGUUUGGGUUCAAAUCGGAGUGUAUGGUCAAAUAUGACUUUGAAAUAUACAACCUCUUCAUCUCAACAUUCGAGUGCUUACCACUCGCCGCAACAAUCACCCGUGGUAUCGGAGAGUUCUUUUGUUGUCAUGGUGGCAUUUCUCCUGAUCUCAAUAAAAUUGAGGAAAUAGACAAGAUCUAUCGAUUCACAGAAGUACCGUCGAAAGGACUCUUUUGUGAUUUGUUAUGGUCUGAUCCAUUUGUCCCCGAGCCUGGACAAAAAAACAAAGAAAUAACAACUUUACAUUUUGUCAAAAAUGUAUAUAGAGGGUGUUCGUACAUAUACGGCGUGGAAGCAAUGAAGGACUUCUUGAAAAACAACGAGCUCAACUUACUCAUUCGAGGACACCAAUGCUUCGACUCCGGUAUUUUUGCACACACGUUCGGAUUUCCUGAACAAACACCUUUGGCGUUGACUGUGUUUGGAGCAACAAGGUACCAACGAAAUAGUAAAGCUGGGUGCGUCAUGAUUGAAGAGAAAGAUGUGAAGAUACGAAGGUACGAUUCGACGACUAUUCAGAAACACUUUGAGAAGGAUUUCGGCGGAAUAUUUGUCGACUCGAUCUUUGGACUUGGCAACAUGCUUCAAGAGAUCGGAUUUAGUUUGUUUGAGUUGUGUUACUACUACGACGACGAUUUGAAAAAGUGCGCAAGCGACGAGAAAAUCGCCGAGGACCAAUUUGUAGUGUUUGACUCCGACGACCAAACGAGUGGAGAUGAAAACGGUUGUGACGACAGUGGUGGGUCCGACAGCGACACAUCUUCAAGUUCAAGCGGUUCAAGCGAUAGUAGCACUCAAAGUUCAAGUGACUCAUCAUUAGAAGAGCCACAAGACAUUCACAUGGAGCCCAAAAGCAUUAAUACAGACCAGAAUACAAUUGUUCCUCAAAUUAGUACUGUUGAAAACCAUCCAAAGGAAGAAAAGAUCGAAAAUUUGCAAACAAAACCCGAACCACUGGCUGUUCCAACCCCAAUUUCAUUUUUGAAUGAUCAUCUAACUAAACUAGCAAUAUCGAGCAGGAUAGUAAAUCUGUAUCAGACAAUCCACCAUAGCAGAACUAACACACUGUUUUGCUUAUCAAAGUUUAAGCCUCCACAAAGCCCUUUGCCACAGAAAUUGACAACAUCAAAGUCAAUAGCAACAACUCGACCGCUUUUAUGUUCGUUAUCUAUCACUUUAAAUAUUCGUUAG